CUGGCACAAGAUAGUGAGACUGGGAAGUCUAACUAUCUGCAUACUUUUGAACGUCUUACGUUUUGAACUUUACAUUUAAGAUGAUAAUUUGAAGAAUAUUUCAAGUACUAUACAGGUACUAGGACUAGUGCAAGUGCUUAGGACUAGUACAGUGAUAGUGCUGAAUUACUAAAUAUUUCUUAAUAUGAAGAAUACCAGCAUUAAGAGUAUGCAGACACUUGUCCUGGCUCUGCUUUUCACGACCCUCUCCUUUGGGGUGCGGGACUCCGAAGCAGCGGCUUGUGCGGGCUGUGUAGGCUGUGACUGCAGUGGUACAAAAGGAGUACGGGGUGAGAGAGGGCCUGGUGGCCUACCCGGCCAGCCAGGGGUACCAGGGUUCCCUGGCCCAGAGGGAGGCGUUGGGCCCAGAGGAGAGAAGGGUAACGACGGAAUUCCAGGACCAUCCGGCCCAAAAGGAAUCAGAGGGCCCACAGGACUGCCUGGUUUCCCAGGAACCCCAGGAGUGCCGGGUCUGCCGGGACACGAUGGGCCGGCCGGACCGAGGGGUCUCCCAGGGUGCAACGGGACAAAGGGGGACGCUGGGUCUUCUGGCUAUCCAGGCCCACAAGGCCUCCAGGGUCCUCCUGGUUUUCCAGGCCCCAAGGGAGAUCCUGGUGAGGUCUUGGGGACGCCAAUUUCUUCUACAGGGAAAGGAGAGCCUGGAAUUCCAGGUCAACCGGGAAUUCCUGGACCAACAGGACCUCCCGGACUAAAUGGUCCAAUUGGCCCUCCUGGCCCGUCAGGUUAUGAGGGACGUCCAGGGCCACCAGGUCCUCCAGGGCCCAAGGGUAACAUGGGCCUGAACUUCCAGGGUCCAAAAGGAGAGAAGGGUUUGCCAGGUCCUCCAGGUCGUCAACUUGAAGAACAGAUAAGGCCAUGGGAGUAUGAUGUACAAAGAGGUGAUAAGGGAGAUCGGGGGUUGCCUGGCCAGCCUGGGGACCCUGGCAUCCCUGGAAAUCCGGGUGGGUCCGGCGGCUACCGAGGCGAGAAAGGGGAACCGGGAGAAGCAGGGAAACGGGGUAAGCCAGGCAAGGAUGGAGACCCAGGAUUACCGGGGAACCUGGGCCAAAAGGGAGAACCUGGCGGCUCAUUGCAUGGCAUUUCAAGAGAUGGAGAGAAGGGUGAAAAAGGGGAUCGUGGGUUCCAAGGCCCCCCCGGGGUGGUGAUUGGAGGUGGGGGACAUGGCGGCACGGGUCAAAAAGGUGAACCGGGCUAUUCUGGAUUAACGGGGGCCAAAGGAGACCGAGGACCCCAAGGUGUACCAGGACCUCCUGGCCAGCCCGGAUUACCAGGUGCGGGGGGUGGUGGUGGCUCUGGGCAGCCAGGUUAUCCAGGGGAACGGGGACAUAAGGGAGAGCCAGGCCAGCCCGGGAUCUCCAUACCUGGGCCCCCAGGCCGGGAUGGACAGCCUGGUGGCCCCGGACCCGCCGGAGCCCCAGGAUCCUCAGGCCCUCUCGGGAACUGCCUUUCAGGGCCCCCAGGGUUACCUGGCCUGCAGGGAGAGCAGGGAUAUCCUGGAACCAAUGGACAGAAAGGUGAAAAGGGAGACACUUGUUUCAACUGCUUCGCCAAUAACAUCUCCAUUCCUGGAGCCCCUGGACCCCCGGGGCCCCCUGGAUUCUCAGGUAGUCCUGGUGGGCCAGGGGCCAAAGGUGACCGAGGGUACCCUGGAGGUACAGGGCCUAUUGGGCCUCAGGGUUUGCCUGGGGCUUCUGGUACGCCUGGACAUCCGGGACAGAAAGGAGAGCCUGGCAGGGCACAUGAGGGGGUUCGGGGUGAGAAGGGUGACACUGGAUUCCCCGGCCCCCCUGGCUUACCUGGGCUGGACGGAAGACCUGGCCUGGUUGGAGCUCCUGGAACACCUGGACCCAAAGGUCCACCUGGAUCCCUGACGGUGAGAGGUGAACGCGGGCCCCCAGGAUCACCUGGAAGCCCAGGUCUUCCAGGAGAUGCAGGAGGACCUGGUGCUCCUGGAUAUGGCCCCAGGGGGCCCGCAGGAGAAAAGGGUGUCCCGGGUCUGCCAGGGGGGCCAGGACUAACAGGUCCACCAGGUGUGAAAGGUGAAUCUGCCAGAACAUUGCCAGGUCAACGUGGAUCCCCCGGAGCUCCAGGCCUUAAAGGAUCUCCUGGUAACCCCGGACUGCCAGGGACUCCUGGAUUCAGUGGGUCGCCUGGAGCAAAGGGAGAUCCUGGACACCCCGGCAUUGGACUACCAGGCGCUCCCGGAGAGAAAGGAUUCCCCGGAGUUCCAGGACUGCCCGGAACACCGGGUGGCCCAGGCCGCCCAGGUUUAGAUGGCCUCCCUGGAUCACCCGGAGCACCAGGUGCAAAGGGUGACCCUGGAUAUGGUUCGCCAGGUGCUCCAGGCACACCAGGAUUCCCCGGUGGUAAAGGAGUCCCCGGGCAAAAGGGAGAGUCAGGAUUCCCUGGGGGCCCUGGAGGCCCUGGCCGGAACGGGUUUGAUGGAGGCCCAGGACCCAAAGGUGAUUCAGGUGUUCCUGGUAUCCCUGGAGGCCGUGGACCCCCAGGUGUUUCUGGUUUUGGUACCCCAGGUCCCACUGGACCUACUGGACCUGCAGGACCUGUGGGUGCUCCAGGGUACCCUGGAGGACCUGGAGCAAAGGGUGACCCCGGACACCCAGGACUGGAUAUCCCAGGGUUGCCAGGAGACAGAGGGAGUCCUGGUAUCCCAGGUUCCCCAGGACCUAUGGGCCCACCAGGACCUUUAGGAGGUUUAUCCCGGGAUGGGGUGCCUGGAAUACCUGGCCCCAAAGGAGACUCUGGGCCAAUUGGACCACCAGGCCCUAAGGGAGACCCUGGACUGAGUGGAGGCUCUGGAUUCCCUGGGCCAAAAGGUGACGACGGCUUUCCUGGCCGGCCUGGAGGACCUGGUGGUCCUGGGCUGAAGGGAGAGAGAGGUGGUCCUGGUCAGCCUGGGGCCCCUGGACCAACCAUACCCCCUGUGGAGGUGAAGGGACCAAAGGGAGAUCCAGGUCAUCCAGGUGGGUCAGGGCAACCAGGACAGAAAGGCGCGAUUGGUCCCCCAGGUGAUGGCGGACAUCCAGGGACCGAUGGUACACCGGGUAUACCAGGACCUCAAGGCCACAAAGGAGAUCCUGGAAAUCCAGGUCUGCCAGGUUCCCCUGGAGGUCCUGGACCGAAAGGCAACCCCGGUGACCCAGGAUACCCAGGUGGUAGUGGUGGGAAGGGUGAGCCAGGAUUGCCCGGUUCCUCGGGCCUGCCCGGACAGCCCGGUGGCCCCGGGUUCCCUGGUGCUAAGGGUGACGCUGGCCCUCCUGGUUUUGGAUCUCCAGGCCCUGCCGGUGCCAAGGGUGAGGCAGGUCAGCCUGGAUACCCUGGCGGUUCAGGACCUAAGGGAGAGGCUGGUGGCCCAGGUCUGCCCGGACUGCCUGGUGGACCUGGAGUCAAGGGUGACCCUGGUUUUCCCGGACUCCAAGGGGGACCUGGAACACCGGGUGCGAAGGGACUUGAUGGAGGUCCAGGUGGCCCAGGUCUGGAUGGAGGCCCUGGUCGGCCAGGAGAGCCAGGUCGCCCCGGAGGACCUGGAGGACCAGGAGAGAAGGGCGAACCUGGUCGAGAUGGCAUCCCAGGGCCUGCAGGGCUCAAGGGAGAUGCAGGUAUACCUGGCGGUGGCUCCCCUGGACCCCCUGGCCCGCCAGGACACCCAGGUCCGAAGGGAGAUCUUGGGCCUGGUGGGCUUCCUGGAUCACCCGGCUAUCCUGGGACAAAGGGAGACGCAGGACACCCAGGCCAGCCUGGGGCACCAGGUGGCGUUGGCGCUGAAGGGCCCCCUGGUGUGACCCACGUAGGACCUAAAGGCAACCCAGGAGGCCCAGGCCUCCCAGGAAAACCUGGUGGCCCUGGCCCUGUUGGACCCCAUGGGCCCCCAGGUCCUGGAGGGUACAGAGGGGAUAAGGGGGCAAUUGGACCACCCGGUACUCCUGGCUACUCAGGAGCUAAAGGAGACAGAGGAGCACCUGGGUUUUCGGGCACACCUGGCAUUCCUGGACCUUCUGGCCUGAAGGGCGAUUCGGGUCUCCCUGGCGUCCCGGGAUUCCCAGGUACAAAGGGACAACCUGGUACCCCGGGAGCACUUGGCACAAGCGGAGAGCCUGGAGAUCCUGGUCCUCAAGGGCUACCCGGUGACCCUGGCCCAGCCCCCUUUGUCAUCAAAGGGGAACGUGGUCCUGUCGGGCCAGCUGGACUCACAGGCGCAAGAGGCCUUCCCGGACCCCCAGGAUUAAACGGGCUAUCGGGGUCCCCAGGAGGCCCUGGUGACUCAGGUCCAGAUGGCCCUCCAGGAUUCAAUGGCCCCUCUGGACGCAAAGGAGAUACAGGGCCUUCUGGACUGCCAGGGUCCUCUGGGCUCCCAGGGCCUGCAGGUGUCCAGGGCCCCCCUGGCCAGCCCGGGGCUAGCGGCUUCCUGGUUACCCGCCACAGUCAGUCUUCGGAAGUUCCUUUCUGCCCCGAUGGCACCAGUCUGAUAUACGACGGCUACUCGCUGCUGUACGUGCAGGGUAACGAGAGAGCCCAUGGGCAGGAUUUGGGCACGGCUGGCAGCUGUCUGCGCAGGUUCAGCACCAUGCCCUUCAUGUUUUGCAACAUCAACAACGUCUGCAACUUCGCCUCGCGCAAUGACUACUCCUACUGGCUGUCCACACCCCAGCCCAUGCCAAUGAACAUGGCUCCCAUCACCGGCGACACCAUCAAACCAUUCAUCAGCAGGUGUGCGGUGUGUGAGGCCCCAGCCAUGGUGAUCGCUGUGCACAGCCAAACCGUCCAGCUUCCUUCCUGCCCACGGAGCUGGGAGCCGCUGUGGAUCGGCUACUCAUUCAUGAUGCACACGAGCGCAGGGGCAGAGGGGUCAGGUCAGGCCCUGGCAUCCCCCGGAUCCUGUCUGGAGGAGUUCCGCUCCGCCCCCUUCAUUGAGUGUCACGGGCGUGGCACCUGCAAUUACUACGGCAACUCCUACAGCUUCUGGCUUGCCACUGUGGACAUUAAUGACAUGUUCAGGAAGCCCCCCUCGGAGACCCUAAAGGAAGGCAACCUGCGUACACGCGUCAGCCGCUGCGUGGUGUGUAUGAAGAGGACGUAACGGCACAGCGCCAUCCUCUGGGGACCAACGCAAACAGCCGCGCGGACCGAUAUUAGGAAGACAGGCGCAGUUCCGGCGUUGCUACGGUGACGUCCGGAUCCAAAGCAAUGGUGCUACUGUACAACACGGCAAGAAACAGGGCAAAGCUGAAAACGAACAGAAUCAUUUUAUGAAAUGUAUUACCUCAAAAAGGUGCCGUUGAUGUCUGAUAAAGGUGCAUUUUCCUGUUCUAUUUCUGGGGGGGAGG